GAUGCCCUAUCGACAUAUAUAGAGAUCGGCUUCUCUGAAAUAACAAGCAAUAAAGCGAUGGAAAUUUGGAAAAGUAAACGGUUGAGCGCUGUCUUGGGCAACCCACCAGAUGUCAGUCUAUCACUGGUGGAGGAACUGUUCUUCAUGCUUGCAAAUAUCACCAUCUGCCUCCUCGUCUCUUCUCAAGUUGUUCUUGCAUUACUACUCCCGGUCUGGCGACAACGGUCUUCUUGGAACUAUCGUGUAUGAAAUACUUGGUCUGCAUGACUCUUUUGGACGAGUUAUGAUUGACAACCUCAAGGCAAGCACUGUCUCCCUUCCAGGGGAAGAACAAUAUUCUACCGUUGAAACGCUUCUGACUCGUUUUACUGGCAUUGGAUAUACAGCUGUUCGGGCACUUACACUUCGAUACAUCCGGCUUCAAUACAUUGACCGGGCAGAAUUGAAUAGGAUAUCAACUAUCGAGUUCCUGGAUGACGUGGAAGAAAUAGAUCUGGUCCUCAAGCAUUACGCUAUUACGUGGGGACUCUGGCAUCCUGGGACUGAAACAAAAGCGUGAGUAGGGCAUCUUGUAUGAGGUCCAUACUAAGUGAGGUCGGCAUCGAGAGUGGGAUUGGCCGCAAUGGUGUCCAUGGAGAACGUCGGAGUCAUAUUCG